CUGGCGAGAACAGUGCUCGGCUCGCUGGAAUGCUCGUCGCUGGGCCCGCCUCCGCAAAUACCGCGCGGCCCUGCUACGCGGGCACCUCGCGCGGGUUUGCUGCGGCUACGCUCCUCGCAACCGCGAGCCUCCAUUGGUCCUCUUCUAUAUCACAUUCACCACCCCCAUCAAAAAAAGACUGUGUACGUAAGCACUCUCAGACCCCUCCAGCCUGAAGUUCGUCACAGGUAUCUAGAUAGAUAG